AUGGGUGAGAUUGAGUUUACUGAGAAGCAAGAAGCUUUGGUGAAGGAGUCUUGGGAGAUACUGAAGCAAGACAUCCCCAAAUACAGUCUUCACUUCUUCUCACAGAUUUUGGAGAUAGCACCAGCAGCAAAGAACAUGUUCUCUUUCCUAAGAGACUCAAAUGAAGUCCCUCACAACAAUCCUAAACUCAAAGCUCAUGCUGUCAAAGUCUUCAAGAUGACAUGUGAAACAGCAAUACAGCUGAGAGAGAAAGGAAAGGUGGUUGUGGCUGACACAACCCUCCAAUACUUGGGAUCUGUUCAUCUCAAAAACGGCGUUCUUGAUCUGCACUUUGAGGUGGUGAAAGAGGCUUUGGUAAGGACAUUGAAAGAAGGGUUGGGGGAGAAAUACAAUGAAGAAGUGGAAAAUGCUUGGUCUCAAGCUUAUGAUCACUUGGCUUUAGCCAUUAAGACCGAAAUGAAACAAGAAGACUCAUAA